CACCUGAUUUUCUGAAGAUGAGAAAUGAUAUUUAAGCGAGUAGCAGAUAAGGUUUCGGAAAACAAAAUCUCAGGCACAAAUUGCGAGUAGCAGAUAAGGUUUCGGAAAACAAAAUCUGAAGCACAAAUUAAAGGAAAGAUGGAGUAUAGCUUCAGUUGGGUUGUUUGGUCUAGUACUAUUUUCUUCUUGGUAGCUUUGAUUCUUCUACCGAGAGGAAAAGAGUCUAAACAUGCUAAACGGAAACCACCAGGGCCUCCAGGUUUGCCCAUCGUCGGGAACAUAUUUGAUCUUGGCACAAUUCCACACCAAACCCUUUACAACCUCAUACCAAAAUAUGGACCUAUACUUCGGUUAAAGCUAGGAUCCGUCAACACUUUGGCAAUACAAUCUGCAAAGGCUGCCACAGAGUUCUUCAAAAAUCACGACCAUAUCUUUUGUGACCGCAAGUGUCCGAUUGCAUUAACAGCUCAUAACUACAAUCAGGGAUCACUUGCAAUUGGCCAAUAUGGCGUUUACUGGCGCAUACUUCGACGUAUUUGUUCGAUGGAGCUCUUGGUCAACAAGAGAAUCAAUGAGACUACUCACGUUCGGCGCAAGUGCAUCGACAAUAUGAUACAGUUUAUUGAGGAUGAUGUUGCGGCUGCACAAGCAAGGGGAGAAUUAGGGGAGGUGAAUUUGGUUCAUUACCUCUUCGUUAUGGCUUUCAACAUAGUAGGCAACCUUACGUUGUCACGGGAUCUCCUAAACUCACACUCCAAAGAAGGGGAGGAGUUCUUCGCUGCCAUGAGCAAGGUAAUGGUGUGGGCUGGGGCGCCAAAUCUUGCAGACUUCUUGCCAUUCCUGCAAAGGUUGGAUCCUCAGGGAAUCAAAAAGGGCAUGGACCGCGACAUGGGACGAGCCAUGAAGAUAAUUGCCGGGUUGGUGAAAGAGAGGACAAUUGAGAAAAAUAAGAUGACGAAAGAAAAGAGGAUGAAGGACUUCCUGGACGCAGUGUUAGAGUAUGAACGUGAUGGUGGAAAAGAAGGGCCUGACAGGAUCUCAAAUCAGAAUGUCAUCAUAAUCAUACUGGAAAUGUUUUUUGCGGGAUCGGAGACUACAAGCAGCUCGCUCGAAUGGGCUAUGACAGAGCUACUGCGCAAUCCUGAGUCUAUGAGAAAGAUUAAGGAGGAGCUUGAUCAAGUGGUUGGACGAAACAGGAAGGUUGAAGAGACAGAUACGAGUGAACUUCCAUAUUUGAAGGCUGUGGUGAAGGAGACACUAAGAUUGCACCCCCCCAUUCCGUUGCUCCUUCCGAGAAAUUCGAUGCAACAAACUGAAUUCAAUGGAUAUCAUAUACCAAAAGAUACCCAAAUUUUCGUGAAUGCGUGGGCCAUAGGAAGAGAUCCCGAAUGUUGGGCAGAUCCCUUGUGUUUCAAGCCCGAGAGGUUUCUUGGAUCAAACAUAGACUACAAGGGACAGAAUUUUGAGUUAAUUCCAUUUGGAUCAGGGAGAAGAAUUUGCGUUGGGAUGUCAUUAGCUGAUCGAGUACUUCACCUGACUAUAGCCUCUCUAGUUCAAUCCUUUGAAUGGGAGCUGGGCAGCAAUAUUAGUCCAGAGACCAUAGACAUGAGUGAGAGGAUGGGAUUAUCUGUCCGGAAGCUUACACCCUUGAAGGUAAUACCAAAGAAGCGUGUCAUUUGAAACAGAUUACCAUCAGAAACAAAAUUCAGAAAAUUCGACUUGUGAUAAGGAAUGAAGAUAUGUGUGACUUCUGCUAUAUUAUGUCAACGUUUGUAAUUUGCUUGAAUGUUUCUUUGAUUAAUUCAUUUUCAUUUGGCCUCUUCGGAUUCUGUUUUAACUAUUAAACCAUGUAUUCUUUGUGUUGUUUUGUAAUUUGAGCCUUUAAUUUACCUAAAGGUAUUGAAAACAUUACUUGGCUCUGAA